AUGAUGAAGAAGGAUCGCGAUGAAGAGCUGUCAUGGGCGAACUUAAAGACCGUUCUCCGUAUUGACGAGGCGACGUUGACAUACUGGGCAGCGAGAGACGCGUGGAAGAUCGCUGACCGCUUUGUUCUUAGUGAGAACGGCGUGCUUUACUACCUAGAAACGAGACUUCUGAGAGGUGACCACCUGCAAGAGAAGCCAGCACUGCGUCUAGUGGUACCCACCACGAUGAUUCAAGAGGUAUUACAAAACUGCCACGACUCGCUGGAAGGUGGUCAUCAAGGUAUCGCACGAACCUUCUACCGGGUGAAAUUGGAUUACUACUGGAUCGGUCUAUACGCAGAUACCGCAAACCAUGUACGCUCUUGUCCCGACUGUAGCUCGAGUAAUAGCCGACCGAAGCUUCGCGGGUACUUACCUGGCAACGUUCUGGCAGGGCGACUAUUUCAAAUCGUGUCUAUGGCUUUCGUCAUACCUUUGCCGGAGGCUCCGUGA